UCGAUCCUCCCGUGGGCCGCCAUCACCGCGACGCAGCCACUCGUCUGGGUGGCGUUGGGUGUGGCGGCGGCCGUGUCGAUGCCACUGCUCCUCGGCAGCCGGCGGCGGCGCGAGUCGCUCUCAGGCAAGCACGUGCUCAUCACGGGCGGCUCGGAGGGCGUCGGCCUCGAGGUGGCCAAGAUCGCCGCGGCACGGGGCGCACGCGUCUCGCUGGUGGCGCGCACGAUGAGCAAGCUGCACGCUGCGCGCGAUGAGCUCGCCAGCUCGGCGCCCGGCGCCGCGGUGGGCGUCUUCAGCGGCGACGUCGGCGACGGCGCCGCGCUCGGCGCGGCGAUCGAGCAGGCCGAGUCGCAGCUCGGUCCGGUGGACGUGUGCAUCGCUGCGGCGGGGGCGGCGAUGCCGAAGUACUUUGAGGAGCUCCGCAUCGCCGACUACGAGCGCAUGAUGACCGUCAACUACUACGGCGUGCUGCACGCGGCGAGGCACGUGCUGCCGAAGAUGGCGGAGCGGUCGGCCGCCGACCCGAGCGUGACGCCGCACUUCGUCGCCGUCGCGUCGAUGGUUGCGGCCGUCCCCUUCAUCGGGUACGCCGCGUACGCCCCCUCCAAGGCUGCGUGCCGCUCUCUGCUCGACGUGCUGCGCAACGAGUACGCGGACACGGCGGUGCAGCUCCACAUCGCCUUCCCCCCCGACAUGGACACACCAGGCUUCCAAAAGGAGCAAGAGACCAAGCCGUACGAGACGCGGCACAUCUGGCCGGAGAUGUUCAACGAGCUCUUCCCGCCGGACAAGGGGCCACUACCCUCGCGCGAGGCCCCUCCUCGAGGCUGCGCUCGCGCCGCUCUUCGUCGGCCUGCACUGCGUGAUGGUCUGGAUGGCCGACCGCGUCGUCAAGCAGCGCAAGCACCACGGCGGACUCGCGACGCAGGGCGGCUGAGGGGGCAGGGGUGGGCCGCCUUGCGGGCUGGGGAGGGAGUGCCAUGCCCGCUCUCUCCUCGGCAGCUCGGGGAGCGGCACGCUCGCGGCGACGGCGCGCGGAAUCGGGACAUCGCGUGAGGGGGGCGGCCGGCGAUUCUCACUGACGACGACAACCAAUGGGAAUUGGGAUGUCACUGUGUGUGGCUGUGUGUGUGCCGUGAAGAACGAAAAGAAAAAUCACUUUUUACUGCAAA